AUGAAAAAGAACGCACUAGUAAAAAACGCCCUUUAUAGUGUGAAGUUGCGCCAAAAUGGUGCACAAGCAAAUGCAGUCAUGAGCGCAGCUGCACUUAGGGGGGUAGACCUAUGGACCAACAAAACCAUGCAGAAACGGAGAAGCAGUGGUAAUGCCACAAACAGUAGCUUCGAUCUGUUUGAUAAAAUAAAGGAUAUAAACGGAAGCAACCGAAAUGAGGAGGAAGGUAAUGAAGAAAGCGACUCAAAAAAAAGGAAGCCAUCAAAAAAGGUGUUAAAACUUGUGGAUGAAAUUUUAAACCUAACCCUAAUCGAAGCAGCAGAUUUGUGUGACCUGUGUCAAGAAAAGUUGGACGGAGACAAACAGUUCAAUAACGCAGCUCUUUUUAAUAGAAAUCCAUUUCCACAUCCCUGUAGCUUUUUCGGCGCAGCCAGUUUCUCUUCUCCAAAUAUACCCCCAGGAAUGAACUCUGCUUUCCCCAGUCAUGUCGGUGCUCAGGGUGCCGUUCCACCGGGUGCUGUCCCACCGGGUGGUACUCCCAAUUUGGGUUCAGCGGAAAAAAAUGAACAGGCAGGGACAAAAAAGAAGGAGGAAAAAAAAAACUCCAAAAGCACAUUCAACGUAAAGUUGGAAAACUUCGACGUAAAGAAUAAAAUUAACACCAUUAAAGAAAUCCGCAAAAUAACCAACGUCGGGUUGAAGGAGGCAAAGGACAUGGUGGAGAGCGCCCCUUUCUAUGUGCAAAAGAACGUGCCCGCGGAAAAGGCAGAAGAAAUGAAAAAGAAGUUCGAGGAACUGGGCGCCACAAUUAUAUUGGAAUGA